UCAUGUAAUUCUAAAAUGAAACUGAAGAUGGCAGUAAUGCAACACAGAUGGAUGCCAGUUGCUGUAAACUUGAAAAGAAGAAGAAGAACCAAGCAAGCGGGGUGUUUUUAACCAAACAAAGGAGUGUUUUUUAAAAAAAUGUUACGUUUGCUGUUUUCACAUGUUUUAUGUGGCAAAUAUACGACACAUUCUACCUUGCCGAGGUCUUUAUGGAGGUCGCUAACGAGGCAGUCAGACACCACAUUGAGUGUUUUUAACCAAUGGCGGCGCCAUUCUCAUGCUGGCAAGUCCGGCACUAUCUUUUCAAAACACCGACGUAAGUCUACCCUGGUGUGGAUAUGCGGGGUCGGUGCGGGUCUGGCCCUGGUUUUAGGACUCACUCGUCGAGCGUGGACAGACGACACUUCGUGUGAUGAUAACACGACGAGUGGCCAUCGAUACGACGCUGCCGUCGCAGCGAGCCGCGUGUUGUUGCAGCUGACACGGGCUGAAGUCGGAGCUCCUGGUCUGGUGGUGGGGGUCUCCGUGGAUGGGGUUCAUGUCUGGUCUGAAGGGAUCGGGUAUGCUGAUUUGGAGAACCAGGUGCAAUGCGGACCUAAAACUAAGAUGCGAAUCGCUAGCAUCAGUAAGUCGCUGACAUCUGCAGCUGCUGCUCGCCUGUGUGACGAAGGGAAACUAGAUCUGGAUGCUCCAGUCCAGACAUACUUACCAGAGUUUCCUGAGAAAGAGUUUGAUGGACAGAAUUUCACAGUAACCCCUCGCAUGAUUCUCUCCCACCUAAGUGGAAUACGGCACUAUGAGAAGGAUGCAAACAAAGUGAGGGAGGACAAGAAGAAAGCCAAGCGGCUUUUGAAGCCCAAAAAAGAAGACGAGGGCUCGGGUGAAAACAAAAGUGAUCCCUCAAAAGAGCAGAGUCCCCAAUCCAAAGAGGCGCAGAAGAAAAAAGAGUUUGAUCAUGAAGAAUAUUACCUGAUGGACAAUUUUGAAAAUGUCACCCAAUCACUGAAGCUCUUUAAGGACGACCCGCUCAUAUUUAAACCAGGCACAACUUUCCUGUACUCCACCCACGCCUACACCCUCCUGAGCGCUGUCAUGGAGCAGGCUGCUGACCAGUGCUUCCUGGAUGUCAUGAUGAACCUGUUUCAUGAACUUGGAAUGCUGGAUACCGUGCCAGAUCAGAAUGAACCUAUCAUUUACCAUCGCUCGAGAUACUAUCAUCUGAACAGGCGAGGACGGGUAGUGAACUGCCCGUACGUAGACAACUCGUACAAGUGGGCGGGAGGCGGCUUCCUUUCCACUGUGGGCGAUUUGCUGCGGUUUGGCAACGCUCUUCUUUACAGCUACCAAAUUGCCUCCUUAAAGGACGCAAAUGGCCUCCUCCUCGGCUUCCUCCAACCCAAAACGGCCGUAGCUCUAUGGACCGCAGCGGACAACACCGCUGCCACCUGGGACAAGGAUGGACGGUACGGCCAAGGCUGGCUGGUCGUGGACAAAGAGCAGAGGUAUGGCCAUUGCAGGAAGCGCAGGCAUUACGUGUCGCACACAGGGGGCGCUGUUGGGGCCAGCAGUGUCCUCCUGGUGUUGCCCAGUGAGGACAUGGAGCUGCCACAAGGACAGAAGACCCUCCCACAGGGUGUUGUGGUCACCAUUCUCACCAACAUGCAGUCUGUGGGACUCAACAGCACCGCCCUGAAGAUUGCCCUCAAGUUUGACAAAGCCAGAAGUGUUUAGUUCUUUCCAGAACAUUGCGGGUAUGAUACAUCUUUUUGAAAAUGUGUAUUUUUCUAUGAAAGUUGGUCAAUUGGCACUAAACUCAGAUACCUCGCUGAUUUUGACACAAGAACGCCUUUACAUAGAAGUCAUUGUAAUAAUGAACAAAUAUUUGUAUUGCACAAUGAAAGAAAGACAUUGCCAAAACAGAUUUGUCUCUGCGUCAUAUUGACUGACAGAACACAAUAAAAGGCUUUAUUGUCAUCGAACAUGAGAGCAUGCCAAUGAUACAAGCGGCUGCUCUGUUAGGUGCAGUUAUAAUAUGAUACAAAUAACAUACAUGAAUACCAGUACGGGCGAUGCGGCUCGUCUUGUGAGAGUUACUGACGACAUUAAACCUGAACCCGUGAAAAAUGCUCUGCUAUCGCAUGGUGUGAUUUAGUAUUAUUUUAGGUUAUUGACCGUUACCCCAGCCAUGGUCUGAUUAAUCAAAAACAGGGAAAGUUGAUAUAUGAGGCACAGAACUUUCCCACUGAACUAUGUGACAUUAUAAAAAACUUUUGGGUAAAUUGCACAACACUCUCCACACUUCGACAUGUUUGACACAUUUAAGCUGCCUGAUAUUUCUAAAGGAUUGCAAAACUUUAAAGAGGUCGUCCGGGAAGUAAUAAUAUUACUUUAAUUUUAAUAUUCC